GGUUUGAGUUCAUCCCGCCCAGGCAAAAGGUUGUCACGUGGCGCGCAGCGGGCCAAUCGGAGCUCCGCGUUGGUUUCUCAGAGCCAGAGCGUCGCCGUCUGCUCCCGGGCCCUGGAAAGUGUGGAGAGCGGGGACUGAGACGGAGGAGGCCCGGCCUUGGUGUGUGGCGGUCUGUGCCAAGUCAAGCUGAAGUCUUGUAGAUCAACCUGCUCAAAGAGUAAUGCCUUAUCGGUGGUCAUUCUGAAUUAAGACAAACGCACACCACUUCCUUCCUUCUGUGGGAAGAAGAAAAACAGAAAUCAUGGCAAGCAAACGGAAGUCUACAACGCCUUGCAUGAUACCACUUAAGGUUCUAGCCCUCGAUGGUGGCACAGACAUUGCAGAAGAAGAUGACAAGGACCAAAGUUCUACAGAGGAGCACCAAGAUAUACCACCAGCUGCAGAUCUUAUGGGUGACGGUCAUGAGCUGCUCUCUAAUGGACAUGAAAAUGUAGACGGUCUGAGUUUUUUUUGUAAAUAUUGUAAUUUUGGUUCUCAGGAAACAAGCCCUUUUGUGGAACACAUGAAUACGAAACACCUUGACUUUAGGGACGAUCCCUCGUAUGUUUGCAUCGCAUGUAGCUUCUUGGUGAAAGAUCCUAAGGAACUAGAAGCUCACAAUGCAGAUUCUCAUCCUGGGGAUCCAGAUCUCUCCUGGACUGUGGCCAAGCAUGAGAGCUACACUGUUGUGGAACAGAGUCUUGGUGGCGAAGGCAUUGACCAUGAUGAACCUGUACGCCAUGGUGACGAACUUGUCGAUGACUACUCAGAAGUGUCUAUUCUUAAAACCCCUAUAAUGAGGAAUUUUAAAAAUAAACAGGAGACAAAAAAAAAUACCAUAAAGGAUAAUGGUAACGGUGUAAGUGAGGAGCAUUAUAGAAGAGGCCGUUCAGGCACAAGGAGCGGAACAGCAUUGAUGAGCAAAGUAGCGAACAACAUUGUAAAUUCUUCAAUAGUAAAUGGCCCCAUAAUAGGAACAGUACCUGUCUUGCAAACUGGGGUCGCCCAGUAUGUAUCUAUAAAUGCAACUCAGCCUGUAAUACAGCCAAAGAUUCUAACACCAGUACUGCCCAAACAGUCUGCGCAAAAGUCUCAUAGUUACCAGCUUCCCAAUGAAAAGUCUCUUCCAAAAGUGAUGAUUCCAUUGAGCAGCAUUCCGACAUAUAAUUUGUCCAUGGAUUCCAAUUGUUUUUUGAAAAAUUCUUUCAAUAAAUUCCCUUACCCCACAAAGGCUGAACUUUGCUAUUUGACAGUUGUGACAAAAUACCCCGAAGAGCAAAUAAAAAUAUGGUUUACUGCUCAAAGACUUAAACAGGGAAUCAGCUGGUCACCAGAGGAGAUUGAGGACUCUAGAAAGAAGAUGUUUAAUACCAUAAUCCAGUCCAUCCCCCAACCCAUGCGGCAGCCUACUAUAACUGUUUUGAAUGCUCCUCUUGUAACCAAUGCAAAUAAUGUUCAGCAUCUCAUCCAUGCCACCCUUCCUAGUCAGAUUGUCAGUCAACCUCAAGGGACUGGUGGCUUAAUAGUAACUCAGCCUAUUCUUACCAAUGGAAUUCAAGGAGCUGUUACUUCAUUGUCUUUAGGAGUAGCGCCUCUUUCUGCUACUUAUUCAAAUGAGUUUGGUGAAGAGUCCUUUACAGCUGAUGGAAGCUCCGCUUCAUUAUCAAGUCUUUAUGAAAGCAUUCGAAUUAAAAAGUCAAGUCAUCAGCUGAACGCCCUUAAAAACAGCUUUGGUAAAAGUCAUUUUCCUUCCCAUGGGGAAGUUGCGAGGCUGACUAGAAUUACGGGCCUCGCAACAAGGGAGGUUAGAAAAUGGUUUAGUGAUAAACGCUAUCACUUCCGCAACAGACCAGCCACCUCAGACCCCAACGAGCAGCUACUUGAUCUCCAUUCAGAUUUGGCGUUUUCUGUGGGAAACGAGCACGAUACCGAUUUUGCACUUCCAGCAAGCAGCCAUACGCCUUCACAUACACCAUCACAUACCCCUAGGAGGCAGUCAUGGCAUCAGGCUCCAGACUUCACAACCACAAGAUAUAAGGAGAGGGCUCCAGAGCAGCUGAGAGCUCUGGAAGGUAGCUUUGCAAAUAACGACACCCCUUCAGAUGACGAAGUGACCAGGUUGCGAAGCGAGACCAAAAUGACAAGGCGUGAAAUUGACAGCUGGUUCUCAGAGAAACGCAAAAGGGUUGCUGAAGAACUCAAGAGAGAAAAGGCUUGGCAUGAAAAGCAUGAUGAAGGAACUGAGAACGCAGAGGUCAAGACUGCUGAAGACGUGAAGGCUUCUAGUUCUCCAGUCAUGGAGCGAAAAGUAAACCCAAUAAAGAUUAAUCUAAAGGCUCUUCGGGUGACAGAUACAGGUAACACAGACAGCUUUAGGGAUGAUCACAGAGAUGGUGGUAGUAGGCCAUUUACUCCUCACAAACCUAGAACUAUUAAAAAGACUGCCCAGCAACGAGAUCAUUUAAGACAAUUGUUUGUGGAAACAAAGUGGCCAGUCCAGGAACAGUACGAUUACCUGGUAGAACAGACCGGACUGUCGCGCUCAGAAAUUGUGCGCUGGUUUGGGGAUGCCAGGUACUCUUUUAAAAUUGGCCAUUUAAAAUGGUAUGAGGGCUACAAAAAAACCUAUUUGGAAUCUAAGCCUGUGACUAUGCAGCCAAUCUUGGACUAUUAUAGCGAGCAUCAAGAACUUCGUGAAAGUGACAUUGAAUAUCUGUGUGAUCAGACUGGUAUGUCCUCAGAUGAAAUCCAGAGCUGGUUUUCAAAACGGCUGGUGGAAGUCGAACAAGGCGGAGAUGAGGAGGGCGGAGAUGAGGAGGGCAGAGAUGAGGAGGGCAGCGAUGACACCCAUGGUGACACGGUUGAAAACCAGAAUACAGCACAGGAUUCUUUAUCGAAGGUAUCGGAAAACGGUGAAUCCUGUGAGCCGAUGACACAUGAGUGCAGCACUGGUUCACCGCCAGAACAACCGCCAUCUGUUAUACCACUUGAAACGGACUGAGCACCAGCAAAAUACAAGAUGCUGUUAACCCAGAGGACUAAAGUGCCCCCGGUCUCCUUAGGGGUUCAGAUGGCAAUGGAGCGUCUUGUUUCUCACUGCUAGGUAGCAGGAAGACCUAAUGGGCAUCUUAGCACUACAUAGAAAAUAAUGGGACCUUGUUGCCUUGAUGCAAUUUCUGGCCAAUAGACGUUAUGUUUUCUCUCAUUGUAUAUACCAUAAUGCAGGUUUUCAACUUUUGCCCCUCCCAGUGACCCCCCCCCCCCUUUUUAGUGCUUUCCCACCCCCUCCUGUCCUGUUCACUGUAUGUUUAUUGGUACAGGCGCUUAUUUAUAUAAUGUCAGAAUAAUAUAACCAUUUCCUAUUCACAGACUGAUUUAAUACAAAACUUUCUAGUUGGAAACCUGCUUGGACUAAUGCUUUGUAAAUAAAGAUUUGUUUUUGUUUUUUU